UCUUAGUUGUUUCUCUAGUUCCCUUUUGCCGAACUUUCUUCUCGUUUGCAUUCCAGUAGAAAAAAUGAUACUGUCCAGGGCGAUUAAGAAGGCUGCGGGGAAGCUUGAAAAAAGGCCAGCUGAGGCUCCCAAAACAUCCAUGGACAUGGUCUUCACCUUAGCAGAAGCCAUUAGGUUCGGUUAUGCAGAGACACUCGGCAAAUGGGACCUCACCGACCUCUUCGACUUACCUAGAGCCAUCAUCCAUGGUAUAAUGGAAAAGGGUAAGAAAACACUUGCAAUCGAAUGUAACGAAAGAGAUGAUUGUGUGCAACUCACAGACCCCGAAUUAUUAAAGGAAUUGUAUGACCUCAAAAAAUGCUUGACACGCACCAUGCUUUUCAGCAAUAGACGCUUUCGUUCCUUUCUAUUUGCUGCUGGAUUCGUCAAGGAAGAUGUUGUCCUAAGGAAGAGAAGAGCUCGGAUUCUGAAGCCUGCUUUCACAGUGAUACGUGAUAAAGAAUCAAAAUGUUUGUUUGUGUUCAUCCGUGGAACUCAGGAAGUAAAAGACUGUUUGACAGAUGUGAUCGGUGCUCCCGUUUCCUUCAAUCAUUUCCUUUGCAGUGAUGGUGAGCCGAAGAGGAAAAACGUGAUUUCAGGACAUGGGCACCGUGGUAUGGUUGGUUCGGCUCGUUGGAUCAAAAAGCACUGCACUCCUAAACUUCUGGAUGAACUUCGUCAUUACCCCGAUUUCCAAGUCAAGAUUGUUGGGCACUCACUUGGUGGUGGUACUGCUGCAUUAUUGACAUACAUGCUUAGAGAAAUUAAACAAUUCGCUUCGUGCACUUGUGUCACCUUUGGAUCAGCUGCCUGUAUGUCAAUGGAAAUGGCGGAAUUUGGGAAGCCCUUUAUCACUUCCAUUGUGAAUAGUGAUGACCUGGUGCCCACGUUGUCAGCUUCUUCUGUCCAUGAUUUCAUUCACGAGGUUAGGAUUAAGCGUAAAAAGUUAAUUACUUCUGCUUACAACGCAAUUGGAUCUCGCGUACCAUUUGCAAAAGCCAUUGCGGAUCGUGCAGUAUCCCGUGGCACUGAGGUUGUGAUGAGUAGUAAACAAAGAACUCGCUCACUGAUAAGCUGGACACGACGAGAGAAAACUGCUGCAUUGACAAGUUCUAAAUCAGCAAACAUGGCUGAAGCCUCUGAACCAUUAGACAAAAGUUAUGAAGCGAGUGAAGAGUUAAUAAUCUCCGAGUUUACGAGUGAUGAGGACGACGGAUCUAAAUCCACCAGUGAAGAAUCUGAUAAUGAUGGCGUGGAUGAAGAAGAGGAGCAAAUAAGUUCGGCGACUCACAACACUGCUAACGAUGAAAUGAAUCAAUAUUUGAAGGAGCUUCAACUGGAGGAACAGAAUGAUAAUCCUAAGAUUAAUGGUGGCAAGGAAAAAGAAGCAGCCAGAAAAAAAGGUAUCACAGAAGCAGAAAUGAAAUAUGAGGGUGUUCGUAUUGAAGAAAGAGCAGGUAGUACAGAGGCAACAUCAGAGAAGCCUGCUAAACAUCAUCUUUAUCCAUCAGGAAGGAUCUUGCAUCUUGUCCCUGUACCUUCCUCUGAAAAUUCUGAUGAUGCUGAUGAGAAACGUGUCGUCUUGUAUGAAACGCCCAGAGAGAUGUAUGGAAAACUCCGACUUUCAAUAAGGAUGACAGUUGAUCAUAAAACAAAGAGGUAUCUGAAGGUGCUACAACAAUUAAUCAAUCAACUAGAGAAAGAGAAGUCCCAUUAUGGUGCAUGAUAAGCCAAAAAAUGGAUGUGAAAGGUUCAAGAAGCUAAAUUAGUUUUUUUUUUAUGUUUGUUGAGUGUGUUGCAGCUGUAAUAAGUCUUAUUCUGACACUUUUAUGUGUAAGUUUGUUGGCUGGUGAAAUUCAUGACACUUAUGUUCUUCCCGUACGAGAAAUAACUGAAUGGGUUUUCCAAAUUUUCCAGCGGUUCUGUUCAUCGCUAAAAAUUUGGUUUUUAA